AUGGGAUCUAACUGUUCAAAUUGUGGUUAAUGCUAAAAAGAUAAGCAAGAAUUAUUAUAUGAAAUUGAUAUAACAAAAAAAACUGAAAGUAAUAAAAAUGGAAUGUCAAUGAUGUCAUAACCAUCUCAAGCAUCAAAUCAUUCCGUUAAAGUUUACAUUUCUAUCUAUAUUAGACUUAAACAUAUAAAAAUUAGGUUAAGGAUAAUAAAGAAUUAUAAUAUCAAAAGAAAUAGGAAUUUUUGAGAACUUAGAUGGCAAUCACUAUUUAAAAAUAAUGGAAAGGAUAUAAAGCAAGAUAAAUUUUCAAAAAAUUGAAGUAAUCUCUUAAUGACGUUAAAAAAUAUGAUGAACAAGAAACAAGUUAAAGUAAAUUGAAAAGAAAUACAUUUAAAUAUUUCAAUUCAGAAGAAUGUGCAGGUAGCUUAAUAUAAUUAUAAAUCAGAUGUAAAUCCUAAUAAUACAUGUCGAGAAAUACGACAGAAAUAUUAAUUUAAGAGUGGUGCUAUAUAUGAAGGGGAAUGGUUGGGUAAUAAAAGAGAUGGUUAAGGAACUUAAAUAUGGCCAGAUGGAGCAAGGUAUGAAGGAUAAUGGACAAAUAAUAAGGCCAGUGGGAAUGGAACAUUUUAUCAUGCUGAUGGGGAUUCCUAUUCAGGAUAAUGGAAGAAUGAUAAGGCUAAUGGUUAUGGUGUCUAUAAAUAAUUAAAUGGAGCAAUCUAUGAAGGCUAUUGGUAAAAUGAUUUUUAACAUGGAUAAGGGUAUGAAAAAUGUAUUUGUAUAUUUUAUAAUAAAGGGAUUGAUAAUUCUAGUUAUAAAGGAGAGUAUUUUUAAGGAAAGAAAUAAGGUAAAGGUUUAUAUAUAUGGCCAGAUGGAAGCAUUUUUGAUGGAAUGUGGUUUGAUAAUAAAAUAAAUGGAUAUGUAAUAUUUUUUAUUAUAAUCAGGGAGAAUAUAUUUGGGCUGAUGGAAGAAAGUAUAAGGGUAAUUGGAAAUAUAAUAAAAUGCAUGGAUAUGGUGUUUAUUAAUGGGCUGAUGGAAGAGCAUAUCAUGGUGAGUAUUAAGAGGAUAAAAAGCAUGGGAAAGGUAAAUAUUUUUGGCCAGAUGGGAGGAUGUUUGAAGGUGAAUGGAUUGAUGGCAAAUAGAAUGGAAAAGGCAAGUAUAUUUUGGCAGAUGGAUAAAUUAAAUAUGGAUUAUGGGAAUGUGGAAAAAGAAUUAGAUGGGAGGAUAGAUAUAAAUGA